AUGGCCAACAUCCCAGCUGCCAUUGAAGCGGCCGAUGCUGCGGGUCGCAUCCCCGCGGGGAUCAGCCUGGAAUACCUCGCCCAGUCGCGCGAUCGCCCGGCCAAGAUCGCCAUCAUCUUCGUCUGCGCCUUGACCACGCUCGUGGUCAUCGCGAGAUGCUACGCCCGCAUCUUCUUUCUGAAGCGAUUUGGCAUGGACGACUCCCUGGCCGUCUUCACUCUGGUAAUUCUCUCUGCGCCCACUCGGACUAACGGCUCGCAGCUGCUGUACAUCACCGUGGUCGUGCUGUCCAUGGUCCUCAUUGAUCUGGGCAGCGGCCGUCAUAUCGAGUACAUCGAGUACGUCCUCUCCUUGUCCAAGGUCAAGGAGACAGAGGUCCUGGACUUCGUCAUGCACAUCCUGUACACGACCGCACUGUUCAUCUGCCGCCUGUCCGGUCUGGCCUUCUACCAUCGGUUGGCGGCGCGACACGACAAACUGUCCCUGGCCAUCAAGCUUGCCUCCAUCUUCCUCGUGCUCGCCUUCCUCACCCAGUUCUUCCUGCUGCUCUUCCACUGCUUACCGGUCACCGGGCUCUGGCCGUAUGAAUGGCAAGCCGGGGCGAGCAAGUUCAAAUGUCUGAGCUGGGGCGACGUCUACUCGGUCAAUUCGGGGCUAUCCUUAGUCUGCGAUCUGAUCAUGUUGGUUCUGCCGUCCAUGUUGAUCUACAUGCUGCAUGUCUCGCGGCAACGGAAAUUCCAGCUGUCACUGAUCAUGUUCCCGGGUGUUCUAGUCCUUGCCAUCUCCUGCGCGCGCAUCUACCUGGUGGCGGUGGGCCAAUGGUCGUCGGACGGCAGCUGGGCGUACGAUCCGAUGCUGGCGGUCGAGACCUCCGAGAUCGGAAGCACGCUGAUUGCCCUCUCCAUCCCCGCCCUGAAGUCGCUCUUCGGCUCCUACUUCAACCACCUCAAGGCCUCCUCCUCCGGCGGCGCCACCUCCUCCAACAAGCGGUCCAGUCGGUUCCACCGCGGCUACGGCCGCACCUGGGAGGGGCAUGUGGAGUUGAAUAGCCUGGGCCAGGCAGCGGCCGAGGCGGGGUCGUAUCACGUCGACGUGCAGACGGGCAAGGGGGCGAUCGCCACCCCGGAGUCGACCUCGCUGGGUGGGCCACGCACGGGGAACGACAGCUCCUCGGAGGACCUGCUGUCGCCGCAGAACGCGAAGCAUGCCGGUCGCGCGGCCGGCAAGGGGCAGGUGAUCAUCCAGGAGACGGUGACGGUGAUCGAGAGCGGGAAUGCCAAUGCUGGACGGAGCUCCUAG